AUGAAAACCAACCGCACUCCUGCACCCGCCAACCUCCCCAGCAGCCCAUCAACCUCAACCCCUCGCGUACCCGCCCUCCCCACACCACCAAGCACCCCACAAACCAAGAAACCCAGCCAGAGGAGUAAAUCCUACGACCAAGAUGAGAUGGUCAGGAGGGAGCUCGCUUCCCUACCGGGGAAGAGGAUCCCCAAACGGAGACGGCUGUUCGGAGAGAAGGGAGACGCUGCCGCACCGCCAUUGAAACGAUCAAAAACGCAAGAAUACGGGAAGGAGGAAAGGAAAAAGAACAAGAGCAUUGCUAGAUCAAGCAAUACUGUACCAGCACAACGAAGCCCACCCGCCAAGAGGAAGCGCAACGAUAAUGCCACAGAACAGACUGGUAAGAGCGUUGUGGAGAGUCGACAGCCUCGCAAACGGGCUAAGGGUGCCAGCGGUCUCCAGGGCCUUCAGGAGGCGCUGGAGAAGGCGGGGCUGGACGAUCGAGCGAUAGCCGAAAGGACCGAGCAGGGGUCGGAGGUGGAGUAUGAUCGCACUUUGAUAUCGGAGCUGAUGGAGCAGAGGGGGCAACUCAUCGCCAGAUGGCGCGGAAGCCGAUUCGCUGCUGGAGGUGAUGGAGCGGAGCAUGCAGGAGCCGCCGUGCGCGUUCCGGAGCUUGAUUGCCUUCGAGCUCCUCCUUUUCUCGCUGACGCAAGUCACCACCUCGGUCGUUGCGCAGUCUCACCUUAUAGAGGGAGUCCGGAGACUCGUUGA